AUGGCCAUCACAAGAACCAUCCUGAUAGUCUGUACCAUUGCUUCUUUGUCUCUCGUGUCUUCGGCACAAACUUGUAAAAACUACAAAUUUUCCGACCAGAGGGAUUUUCAGUCAUGCGCUGACCUUCCAGUUCUAGAAGCCUAUCUCCAUUGGAACUACAAUUCCACGGCAGAAACAAUUCACAUCGUAUACAGAGCAAGCCAGACACCUAGAGGAUGGAUUGCAUGGGGGAUUAACCCAACUGGAAGCGGUAUGGUUGGAACACAAGCACUGGUUGCCUUCCAGGAUCUGAAAGGCAAUAUGAAAUCCUAUACUAGUCAAAUCAGAAGCUACAACCCUAGCAUGAAACCUGAACCUCUUAGUUUCCCGGUCUCAGAGCUUUCGGCAGAGUACUCGAACGAUGAGAUGAUCAUCUCUGCUCUUCUUGGCCCGCUAAGCAACGGAACAACUUUUAACAUCGCCUGGCAAGCUGGGAAUGCAGUGUCAAAUGAUAUUCCCCAGUCUCAUCCACAUUUUGGACCAUAUGUUAGGUCAUCUGGAACACUGAAUUUCCUGUCAGUAUAG